CCAAAGAGGAGGGUUUAGAAAUGGGGUGAGAAAUUUAUAAGAAUGGAGAUUGAGUCCUUGAGAGUGAGUGUUGAUGAGAAGAUUUUGAGAGAUGAAGAAAAAGAUGAGAAAGAAGAAAUUAAGAAGAAGAAGCAGCUUGGUGGUGUCAAGACAAUGCCUUUCAUUCUUGGAAAUGAAGUGUGCGAUAGAUUUGCAAGCUCAGGGUUCCAUGCCAACAUAAUAACAUAUUUGACACAGGAUCUUAACAUGCCUCUCGUUCCUGCCUCCAACAUUCUCACCAACUUCGCUGCUACUUCCAGUUUCACUUCCCUUAUCGGCGCUCUCAUCGCCGAUUCCUUCACCGGCCGCUUCUGGACCAUCACCGUUGCAUCCAUCAUCUACGAGCUUGGAAUGGCCACCAUCACAAUUUCCGCCAUACUUCCAUCGCUUCACCCGCCACCCUGUCCCACCCAACUCAAUUGCACCCAAGCCUCCGGCAUGCAACUAAUGGUCCUCUACCUCUCCCUCCUCCUCACAUCCCUUGGUGCAGGCGGGAUUCGGCCCUGUGUCGUCGCAUUUGCCGCCGACCAAUUCGACAUGACAAAGGUCGGUAUCGCAGGGCGGACAUGGAACUUUUUCAAUUGGUACUAUUUCUGCAUGGGGAUGGCUACUCUUACAGCCUUGACCGUGGUGGUGUACAUCCAAGACAACGUGGGGUGGGGUUGGGGGUUCGGCCUUCCCACCAUUGCCAUGGCCUUGUCUGUUGUGGCGUUUGUUGUGGGUUCGCCCCUUUACAACAAACUCAAGCCGGGUGGGAGCCCUUUGGUUCGAUUGGCUCAGGUUGUGGUGGCGGCGGUCAAGAACCGAAAGGCUAUUCUGCCCAAUGACUCUAAGCUUUUGUAUCGAAACCAUAAGCUUGAUGCUGCCAUUGCCGUUCAAGGAAGGCUUGUCCACACGGAUCAGUUCAAGUGGCUGGACAAGGCUGCGGUCAUAACAACUCCAGACUCAACAACUGAUCAACCAAAUCUGUGGCGGCUUGCCACCGUGCACAGAGUCGAAGAGCUAAAAUCAAUCAUUAGAAUGCUGCCAAUAUGGGCGGCCGGAAUCCUCCUAGUCACAGCCUCAUCCCACCAACACAGCUUCACAAUCCAACAAGCUAGAACAAUGAACCGUCAUCUUACACCCACCUUCCAAAUCCCACCAGCCACCCUCUCCAUCUUUGGCAUCAUAUCGAUGCUCACCGGUCUCAUCCUCUACGACCGUCUCCUCGUCCCCUUCGCCAAAAAGCUAACCAACAACCCCUCGGGCAUCACCUGUCUCCAACGAAUGGGUGUCGGUUUUGCCAUCAACAUCCUUGCCACCCUUGUCUCGUCCAUUGUCGAAAUCAAACGAAAAAAAGUGGCUGCACUCCACGGUUUGCUCGACAAUCCAACCGCAACAAUUCCAUUCAGUGUGUUUUGGUUGGUACCACAGUUUUGGCUUCAUGGGAUUGCGGAGGUUUUCAUGUCGGUAGGGCAUUUGGAGUUUAUGUACGACCAGUCACCGGAGAGCUUGAGGAGUACAGCUACGGCAUUGUACUGGCUAGCGAUAUCGGUGGGGAAUUAUAUAGGGACAUUGAUGGUUUAUCUUGUGCAUAAGUAUACUGGGGAAGAGCAUAAUUGGUUGCCUGAUAGGAAUUUGAAUAGAGGGAGGUUGGAAUAUUAUUAUUGGCUAGUGAGUGGGAUCCAAGUUAUGAAUCUUGUGUAUUAUGUGAUUUGUGCUUGGUUUUAUACUUAUAAGCCUUUGGAAGAGGAGAAGAUCAUAGAGAAUAAUAAUGGUGACCAAGAGGAGGAGAGAUGUGAAGAGACAAUAAUUAAGACAGCUUAAUUUAAUUUAAAGGCCUUCGUAAUUUGAUUAGGGGGUCAAGGACUUGUUGAAAAAGAUGGAGAUUUGAAAUGUAUUUUUCUUUAGAAAGAAUUGUGCUUAAUUGUAUGGUAGUAAUGUGUGCAAUAGUCGAUGGUUUUAGGGUUUAUGUAUUCAAAGAAAAAUUUAUCAAGAAAAGGUUAUAUCAGGUUUCACCACUAAGAAAGGGGAAAGUGAAGAAGGGCCAACCUUCUAAAGAAAUAAAAUAUCCUAGCUUGACAUCAUCUCAAGUUUGACGAGAUGGUAUUACGUA